AGUCGCAACUUACUUUCGACAUAGAAAUGAGGUACUCGACUGACACUACAGACUGCGGAAACAUCACCAAAGAGUAGAUUGUUGACUUCCUACGUCAUGGAUUUUUGGACUGUCUACAUCUGGACGUUCAAUCAAUAGAUUGAUGACUUUCGGUACAUGAAUCUGGCCAGAUUUAUUCUAUCGGGGGAGAAGCAGCCGCUCAGAAGGCGUCAUCAGAAGACGACGGUCAGGGCUUCUCUGAUGCGCCCCUCGUUUCGUAAUAUACGGAUGUAGAAGUGGAAAGUGUCGAGCUCACCGGAGGUGCCUUAAGAAUCGACGACAGUGUCAGCCUCAUCUCUUAAGCAACUAUGUGCUGCUCAUGAGCGGAGCGACCACUAUGAAAUCUGGAAGACGAUGCUAGAAGCAGUGCCGAUGAGAACAGGGGGAUCGCAGUGGCAACAGACUCGUUCUCAGCGAAAUGUCGAUGGAAACGAAGAGCGGCUCCAUCUGGCUAUCUCCGAUUCGUCGUCUUCGAGACGCGAUUAAAGGCUUCUGGAGUUCAGAUGAGAGUUUGAAGACAUCCGCUUCAAAUGACGUUCCAGAAGAAGAGAGUUCCAACGCACGUGCAACGGAGAAGGCAUUUAGUUCCGCCCCUCGCCUCAAUGACGAACUGUUUGUGCUGUACAAACCACCGGAUGGACUACCUUAUGACACGGAGAUAAUAUUCGUGCACGACCUAUAUACUGAAGGAUCUAAAGAAGCCUGGAGGACGACAUGGACCAACGACGAUGGCACAUGCUGGCCGAGAGAAUUCUUGGGAAAAAAGUUCCCAAGUUCUCGUAUAUUAUUGGUGUCUUAUGAUGCUUGUGUGAUUACGAAUAGUACCCAGGGCCGAAUGGAUUCCUUGUCCAUCGUUGCAGAAAAUAUGAUGGGAAAUUUUUUCCUUCAAAGUGGCAAUGUUGGGCAGACAAAAAACUGCCCAGUUUUGUUCGUCGGGCAUGGUCUGGGAUGCUUCGUCAUCAAGAAUCUGAUGAUCAAAGCGUGUGUAAGAUAUAUGUGUAACAAAGAGGAAAAGACGAAAUUGUUGAGGAACGUAGGGGGCUUUGUCUUCUAUUCUCCUUUCAACUCCGGAGUCCAAUGGGAUCUGUAUGCAGAUGAGUCUCGUCAAAGGAAUUCACUGACAGACUGCAUAAGACCACACAGUGCAGAACUUAGCCGACUCAAUGAAGCUUUUCGAAGCCUUCGACGCCGUAUGCAGGAGAUGCGAAAAUCAAGGGUGUUGUGGUCGGUUUUGACUAUCUGCGAGUCACAUGAAACAGCAUCAAGAACGCGUGGCCGCUCGCAAAGAUCAGGAACCUAUGUUUCAGAGGGAACGUCUAGAGUCGACUGUGAAACUUUCCACUUUGGAGUUGGUGACCAUUUUCAUGUUUGCAAACACCAGUCAACAGGAGACGUUGGAUAUCAAUUCUUAGAAAAUCGGCUGGAUUUUAUUUUGAAGAGUUAUAGAAAGUCUAGGAUCAACUCCAUCCCCAAAUUUGAUCCGACAAGUAUUGAAAACUAUUUGAGAACAAUUCCUUCCCUGGAGCUGUUCAGGGACCUUUCUCCUUGCAGAAUCCCUUCCUACAAUUACGGAUCUUACAAUUACGGGUCCUAUAAUUACGAAUCCUACAAUUCCCACAAUUCCCACAACUCCCACAAUUCCUACAAUUUCACAGUCCAUCAUGGAGGCUGGGAUGAGAUAUGACCCACAAGGAUAUCCAGUCGACUGGUCCCUGGAUUGCCAGCUGAAGAGAUAUUGAAAUUAGUCACAAGUCUCAGUGAUGAGCAUAUGUAUGAAAAAUACAGAAAUGUCCUCGACUUCUGCUGACCAGUUUCAACAUGGACACACCUCGUUUUGGGUGACACAGGACUGCUAUACAAGCAGCACACUCCUCCGAGAAGCACAGAGUGUGAACCUUUCUUGUCAUCCAAGAAGAAGCUAUGAAGGUUGAGGGCCAUUGCAGCUAUGCUUGUAAAGUUGCCAUUGCAGCUACGCUAGUAAAGUUGCACCAAAUCGUG